CAACUAUAGUUUCCAAUGGCAUCUUCCAGCCCAGCGACUUCUACGCCGAAAGAGGCGUGGUCUCCGGCAGUUUUUAAACUUGGUGGGGAUCAAUUCCUCCGGCGGCCGCCAGUCUGCGCGCAAGUGCAGAAAGCGCUGGGGGUGAGCGGGGGUGCGCAGACCGGAAGAGUCCACGUCUACAGGUUAGAAGGGGAAGAUGGCAUCCUGAAGCUAAUCGGUCCUUCCCCUCACAAGGCCGCGAGGGGCGGGAGAAGGAAGCGGAAGUGUUGGCGGCCGGGGUGGGGGAGGCCACCUGGUCGGUCGGUGGUCCGGGCCCUCGUCCCGUGCCAUGGAGGGCUGCAGCGAGCCGCGACUGGAUGCGAAGUCAGAGGUCACCAACCAGUGUUGCUGAAAGUGGCAGAUCAUUCAGGCCAAGUAAAGAACAAGUCCUUUGAAAUGACAAUUCCACAAUUUCAGAAUUUCUACAGACAGUUCAAGGAAAUUGCUGCAGUUAUAGAAACUGUGUGAAAACUGAUUACUUGGCUGAUAAAUUACUACCAUCAUCCUAAAAUCAUGGACUUCACUUCCUGUAACUAAACUGUAUAAAGGUCAAAUGGUAUUUAUUGAAUGAAAAUUGUACUUUUGUUUCUCCAUUUUUUAAUAAUAAAAAAAUUAGGCAAACAGGAA